AUUUCGUCCGCGACAAAACACGGCAGCGUCCCCUCGCACGCGUGGGUUCCCCGUCGCAUCGUGAGCAGUGAUGAGUGCUGUGGGUUUCUGCGGACCGUGGGUUAUUCUUACCUGCGACAAGAAGCUCUGCGCAGCACACAGAAAAGAGGCGGACAGAGAGCCGUUUGUGUUUGACUGCAGCACCGCUGAGAAGAAGCCGAAGAACAGGAAGGACGAGAGCAGCAGUGAUGGCGGCCCCUCAGAGGAAACAGGAAGUGACAAAGUCCUGGCCUUCGCCGUGUCUCCGUCUGGAAAGCUGCUGGCACUGACCGAUGACACCAAGAGACUAGUUCUGUUUAGCUGUGAGCCUUCGUGGCACUGUGUCAGCAUCAGGUGGGUGGUGAGGAGGUGCACGUCCCUGGUGUUCACCCAGGCCGAGGACGAGCUGCUGGUGGCUGACAAAUCAGGAGAUGUGUACUCUUUCUCGGUGGCCGAGCCACAGAAAGAAGGCGAGCUGAAGAUGGGCCACCUGUCCCUGCUGCUAGCUGUAACAACGUCGCUGGACGACAAGUACAUCAUCACAGCUGACCGUGAUGAGAAGAUCAGAGUGAGCCAUCUCAGGUCUCCACACAGCAUCCAGUCCUUCUGCCUGGGACAUUGUCAGUUUGUCAGUGCCCUGCAGAUCCCAUCAGGACAUCCACACUGGCUGCUGUCUGGAUCAGGGGACGGGACUUUGAAGCUGUGGGAGUACGAAUCUGGCUGUGAGCUGCAGAGUUGGGACCUCAGACAGCUUGGAGAGACAACGAGCUGUGAGGCCAACAAAGACGAGAAUCCAACGGUGUGCCGAAUCAGCAGCUCCACCGAUGGUCAGCUCGUAGCUGUGCAGUGUGAAAGGGUGUCCACAGUUCAGGUUUUCACUCUGGCUCAGGAGGAGAAACUUGUGCCACACAGCAGAAUCUCACUGCCCCACUGUCCCCUGGACGUGAACUUUGACCUGGAGGGACGACUGUGGGUGCUGAUGGACUCUAGUGACGCACCCCUUCAAAUCUACUCACUGACACAAGGCUGCUGGGAGGUUGCUGCUCAUGACCCUGACCUCAGCAGAGUGACUGAGGCUUUCAGGCCACACUGGGAGCCACUUGAAGCCUCCAUGAGGACCAAUAACCGCUUUGAGCAGCUGCACAAGGUGAGCUUCGACAACGUGGCCGUGUACCUCCAGAAGAAGCAGCAGAGGCUGGAGGAGCAGCAGCUGAAGAGGAGCGCGGCUCAGACAGCAAACGGCAACAAGAAGGCCAAGAAGGAGGCGGACUGAGCCACUGUUGGCCUGAAGAACAGUUACUGCCUUUGUUUGCUGCUGUCGCUGGAUCUCAGCUUCAUUUCUGCUCCUCUGAGGGAUCUUUAUGUUGAUUUUUACAUGUGGCAGAAACAUUGUCAUUAAAAUGUACCUUCUGUUUCCACCACCAGUGAAUGAAACGCGUUCUUUCCUCACACUCACUCUGGAUGCUUUGACUUCCUGUUUCUAUUUUGGCUCAGACGUAUGCUUGGAUGAGCCGUCUGAACAGACACGAGCUCAGUAGUUUACCUCAGGGGCUUUCCACAGCAGGCAGGACCAACUCAGCUUUGACCAUCAGCUCCUUAUGAGAAUGAAUGAAAUGGGGGGGGGGCUGAGGAUGAUGGGAAAAGCUGAAGCCUGGACUGCUGACAGUAGUUGUCACAGGCUCUGUGGAAAAACUGCAGCUGAUGAUUCAGCAGCUUUAGCAGCAAUAACAUGAAGUUAUCAUUUUCUGUAUGACUUCACAUCAUUGUGAGGGAGUCGGGCCGUUCUAGUUUCUGUUGCUUCAGCUCAUUGCAGUUUGUGGGCAUUCAUGUAUGCACAGCUCUCUGAAGGAGGGUUGAGGUCUGGACUUUGGGCCGUUGCCUCAUGUUUGACUCGAAUAGGCCCAACACCUGUGGAAACUUGUGUCCACCACUAAAAACAAAAUGCCAUCUGUAACUCAAAAUUUGGAGAAAUGAAGUUGAAAUUUCGAGUUAGCUCUUCCAAUCAGGAAGCUCCGUGACAGAGGUCAAGGCCAAUACAUGGUUUUGACCUUUGAAUGCCUCACCAGCCUCCAGCGCAGUGCUGACGGCCGACGUGUUUCUGCUGAUGUGCUGUGUUUGCUCUUCAGUUACAUGCAGAGGAUUGUACAGAAGGUCACAGCUGAAGCUUGCACAGUACAACACCUUCCUCUGCGGGAGGAAACUAAAGGUGUGGCAGCUAGUUUAAGUAACACUGUUCAAGCUGCUUUCAUAUUUACUUAAAUACAACAGUACUUGUAAAGGUAUGUGUAUUUGAGAAGAUCUGGAUAUUAUGGGCACAUAAAAUAAUUCGGUUAUGCAGAAUGGAUAUUACACAGAGUAAAACUCUGCAUAAUCAAACUGAGUCAUCUGCAGUCCAUGAAGCUUUUCUGGAGCCACAGUGGGUCAGCUGGGGUCUUUCUGGCUAGUGUGCAUGCAGUCUGAGGGCAAAGUGCUCUAUCAGGGUGAUCUGGUACUCUGAGCUCGUUAAGAUAAGAUGGGGCCUGAUUAUUAUUGCAAAGGUUAAAGAAAGCAGUUGUACAUAUUUGUUUAAUAUGCAUUUAAUGUCAUGAUCAAACAUGACUCCAAGAUUUCUCAGUGUUGCUGGAGGUCAAGGUAAUGUAUCCUGCAUAUACAGGUGCUGGUCAUAAAAUUAGAA